AUGAAGGAAGCAAGCGGCGUUCGCAUGGUUACCGGCAACGGCGAAAACAGCUACGCCGCAAACUCCAGGCUCCAGGAGAAGGCCAUUUUGGAGACAAGGCCGGUGCUUCGCAAGGCCAUAGAAGAGGUGUACACGUCGCUCUCUGCCCGACGGAGCACGAUGGUCGUCGCUGACCUCGGCUGCUCAUCGGGUCCCAACACUCUGGGCUUCGUCUCCGAGGUUAUCGGUGCGGUCCGCUCCUGCACUCGGAAGUCUGAAGAAGAACGACGCGCCGUGGAGGUGCAGUUCUUCCUGAAUGACCUGCCGGGGAACGACUUCAACCUCGUCUUCCGGUCACUGGAGCAACUUGAAAAUCUCGGCGGGAAAGAUACGCCGCCCUACUAUGUGGCAGGACUGCCCCGAUCAUACUACAGGAAGCUUUUCCCUUCCCGGAGCGUCCACUUCUUCCACUCGUCCUACUCCCUCAUGUGGCGCUCUAAGGUGCCGGAGGAGCUCUCAAGUUGCACUCACUUGAACGAAGGCAACAUCUACAUUGGAAAAACUACUCCACCUAUGGUGAUUAAGCUAUUCCAAGAACAAUUCAAAAAGGACUUUGAGUUGUUCCUUACAUUGCGUUUCAAAGAGCUUGUCAGUGGCGGUCGAAUGUUGCUAACGUUUCUUGGCCGAAAGAAUGAAGAAAUGAUGACGCAUGGGGAGGUUGGCACCUUGUAUGAAUUGGUUGCUGAAUCUCUCCUGUCUUUGGUACUAAAGGGUCGUGUGGAAAAGGAGAAGUUGGAUUCAUUCAACGUGCCCUACUACACCCCAUCCGUGAAAGAGGUCCGGGAGUUGAUCAACAAGAGUAGGCUCUUCGACAUCGAGCAUGCCAGACUCUUUGAAUCCAACUGGGAUCCUCAGGAUGACUCAGAUGGUGAUGUGGUACUAGAUUAUGCUGGCAGCGGGGCAAAUGUCGCUAAUUGCAUAAGGGCGGUGAUGGAGCCGCUAAUCGUAGACCACUUUGGGGAGGACAUUAUUGAUGACUUGUUUGUGGUGUUUGCCUCCAUCGUUGCAAAGCAUCUAGAGAAAGCAAAGGCUAAGUACCCCAUCAUUGUGUUGUCACUGAAGAAGGCCACGUAA